UGUCUCAUGGCGGUAACGGCGGUGAACGCAGGAGUUUAGAAGUUGUCAAAUAUUACCGGAGGCUUUGUAACGGGUCAAGUGUGUCAAUCUGGGGUGAGAUAACGCGCGUCUCUCUGUGGUGAAAGGAUGAAAACAUUUGAUGCGACUUGCAAGGUUGCUAAUUCAUGCGCUGCUGUAAAGCAUUAGAGUUGAUUGAUUGAUUGAUUGAUUGAUUGAUUGAUUGAUUGAUUGAUCGAUUAGCUGCACGGCUGCGAGCAGGAUGAAGCUAGAGCUGUGUCAGGUGCUUCAGGAAGGAAGCCGUCUGGGUGUCCUCAGGUUUCUCGGCAGGAGCCUGCAGCACUCCAUGGAGGUCCCCGGGUGUCUUCUGUACACUCACUGCGGCACAGUGCCUCACCUCACCCGGGACACACUGCACUGUGUGGACGAGCUGCCCUCCGUCACCCACGUCACGCUCUCACAUCUAGCGGAACACCAGGACGUGUUGGAGGAGUUCCAGGAUGGAUUUAAAACAUUUGCAGGUCUUCGUGACACCGUGUUGUACUGUUCGCUGCAUGACCCCGCCACCCCUUGCCCCGCGGGUUACACCACCAACAAGACGGUGUCGGUGUGGGGCAGCGGCGGGCGCAUGGAGCUGACGGUGGCAAAGUUCAUGGCCCUGCAGAAGCACGUGCAGCCCGACUGGUACCUCAGCAUGGCGGACGGAGAGACCUGGCAGCGCAACACGUCCCGCAAGAGGGUGCGCAAGGCGGUGGACCGGACCCUCGCCCACCUGGACCAGUGUCUGCUGGUGCAGCAGGCAUCACAGGAGCUGCAGGGAGCGCAGGUGUGGGGGGCGGUGCAGGGCGGAGACAUCCUGGAGGAGAGACUCCGCUCCGCCAGGGAGACCGCCAAGAGGCCCGUUGCUGGCUUCUGCCUGGACGGCCUCCAGACGGGCUGCGUGGACCAGGCGCUGAGGAGCCAGCUCAUCACGGCGGUGGUUAAAGAGCUGCCCGAGGACAAGCCCAGGAUGCUGCAAGGUGUCGGGAGGCCCGACGAGGUGCUGGCGUGCGCUCAGGCCGGCGUGGACCUCUUUGAGGGCUUCUUCCCCUUCCAGGUGACCGAGCGAGGCUGUGCUCUGUGCUUCGACUUCGAGAUCGCCACGGACCCGGAGAGUGCAGUGCUGGAGGAGCACCUGGCAGAGGAAGUCCAGCAGAACGGAGACCACAGCGCAAGUGACGAUCCAACACAGAUGACGUCCUUUGAGAUGGAUCUCAAAGACAAAAGGUACAGAGAAGACUUCGGGCCCCUGGUGGAGGGGUGCGGCUGCUACUGCUGCCGGAACCACAAUAGGGCGUACCUGCACCACCUGCUGGUGACCAACGAGCUGCUGGCUCCCGUCUUGCUGGCCAUCCACAACACCACCCACUACCUGGGCUUCUUCAGAGCCCUCAGAGGAGCUUUGGCCCGCCAGGAACUGGACCUCCUGAGAAGACGUGUGCUGGCGCCGACACACGCAAAAGGACAAAGAGCAACCAUCACGUAGACCAGAUGGACGAGGCCCCGAGGAGAGCUUUGGCCAGGGAUCAGAAGUGCUUUCUUCUGGCCGUCUCAGUCAGGUCCCAAGAAGCUUGGCCUUCACGCCGCCCUCGGACUAAAGACUCUGAUCUUGUUGUGUUGUGCAGGUCACGUCAGGACAACCUGCCAGUCAUCCCUCAUUUGCAUAACCCUAGAACAGUCAGGACGUGGACUAUGGACGUGGACUAUGGACUCUGGAUGUAAGUGCAGCUUAGCACAUACAUGACCAAGUACAUCACGCAGCGACAUUACAUUGCAACUAAGUCAGGGAUGUCAAAGUCGUUUUAUCUCAGGGGCCGCAUGGAGGAAAACCUGUGCACACGCGGGCCGGACUAUUAAAAUCAUGGCAUUAAAACUAAAAAAUAAAGACAA